AUGGUACCUGGCAUUGCCGAAGCCACCGUCGGAGAAGUCGUCGCCAUCAAGGUUGGGCCAGCCGAAACAGUCUUUAGGAUUCACAAAGAUGCCCUAUGCCGCGAGUCAGAGUACUUCCGUGCUGCCUACAAUGGGCGCUGGAAAGAGGCAGAAGAAGGACUAACAUUGGAUGACGUCGAAGUUGGAGUAUUUAAGACCUUCGUGCACUGGUUGUACAUGCAGCAACUCCCAAAACACGGAGAUGUUAUCUACGAUGCAGAUGUAGACCCAGAAGGUCCGGAUUACAACGUGGAGUAUGGCAUGAUGCUGCUCAAGGCAUACGUCUUCGCAAACCGAUUCCUCAUCGCAGACUACGAGCGCAUCGUUCAUAAUCUGUUCAUCGACCACAUUUUUGAUUGUGAAUGCGCAAUGUACAAACAGAUCAUCUUCGCCUAUGAGAACCUACCAAAAGACAGCCUGAUCUUAGAACUCAUGGUUGAAACGCAAUGCGUGUAUUGGUCCACGACGCUCGACAACGAGGUGGAAACGCAGAGCCGCCUUGAUCUACCUAAAGAGUUCUUUAUUCAGGUGAUGGUCAGGUUUGCUGAGCUACGAGACCGCCACAUCGGAUCUAAAGAGUUCAAACUAGAGGAUUUCUAUAUGAAGGGAGCUGAUUGA